AUUACUAAACAUUCUGGGGUUUCGUCGUCGAAAAGACAGAGUGCUAACGACCAACAGCAACAACACAGUCGGGAUGGUAAAAUCAGAAGCUCAGCUGUACAGAGACCUGGCUCAGGCUUCAGGAGGUCAGGCUAUUGAAGUCACAAAGAGUGAGCUCCAAGUGGCCACCAGCAUCAUAGUAGAGUCCUCCAGCUCAUCUCUGGUGACCCUUCUGCAGGCGUCCAGGAGUCCAGGAAAGGCUGAAAAUUUUACUUUCACAGUUGACGAUUCACUAAAAAACCUCAGAAUGUACAUCACUGCGAGCUCUGUCAGCUUUACUCUCAUCAGUCCCUCAGGUGAAUCUCAGCAAAGCUCUAACACAACAGGAUCACUGAUCACUGCAUCCCAGUCAGUGGGAAACUUCCAGACUCUGCAGCUAAAAACACAAGUGGGACUGUGGGAAAUUAAAAUGGUGUCAACAAAUGCCUACAAUCUGAAGGUCGUAGGUGAGAGUCCCAUUGACUUCCUGUUUGAAUUUUGGGAGGUAUCGCAGGGCCUGCUUGGAGGUUUUGAUGUUGUAGACAAUCGUCCCACAGCUGGUGUCAAUGGUAGUCUGAUGGUGACCGUAACUGGGAGUGACUCCGCCACAGUGACAGAAGUGAUUCUAGUUGAAUCAUCGGGGGCCGGACAGGUCAAUGGCACUGUAGAGGCUCAGGGUGGAGGAGACUUCUUAGCUCAGUUUGACAGAAUCCCAUCAGAGGAGUUUGUGGUGCUUGUGAAGGGGCAGAACAGCAAUGUUUCCACCAGAGAAGCCUCAGUGUUCUUCCAAAGACAGUCGCCCACCAACAUCAGAGCUUCUACUCUGACUGUUACUGUUGGUGAUUCCCAGAGUGUCUUAGUACCAGGAACGCCACUUUCAGUUCCCUUCACUGUGACGACGGGUGGUGCAGGAGGAAGCUUCAGUAUCAAAGCUACCAAUGAUCAAGGUUUUACUUCAACUUUCCCAUCCAGUUUAUUGUUGGAAACUGGGGGCAGUGCUAAUGGUACAGUGAACCUCACCGCACCAAUAAACACCACGUCUGGUACUGACGUAACCCUGACCAUUGAGGCCGAGGCUCCGGGAGGCGCAGACACCAACUAUGUUGUUCUGCGUUUCACUGUCCUUAGAACGGUGACUGAUUUCACUCAGCCGGUGUGUGAGCUGCUCAGUCUGCAGUCAAAUUGCUCUGAAAACUGCAGCUUGUCCACGUGGAAGCUCUCUGUUCAGGUGACUGAUGGUGCUGAAGGGACGGGUGUUGACAGUGUUAGCCUCAGACAGGGCAAUGGUACCUUAAACACCAGCCUGGCCGCUGGCAACGAGAACAGAACGCUGGUGUCCUACAUUGCGUCUUGCUGUUCGCCGGAUGUGGAACUGCUGGUUGUGGAUCGGGUGGGUAAUGUAGGGUCCUGUUCCUACACGGUCCAGAAAACAUCCACCAGCAGCUCACAAGCUACAACCACCAGUAUCCCAGAUCCUCCGACGGCAGUAGCUGUUGUGUCUCUGUCUACCAAAACUGUUCAGUCUUUCUUCCUUUGCCUUAGUAUCACAAUCCUAGGGCUCAAUUUACCAUCUGAAAUGGGAAUCAACUGAGUGUCUACAUGUUGAAGUGGGAAUUAGUUACAUUUUAAAAUGUUUUACCUUUAUUUGAUCUGCCUUUGUUGAUAUAAAUGGGUGAACCUAAUAACCUGGCAACUUAGUGUAUAAGUGGGUAAUUAAUUGUACUGUAUAAUCAAUAUUGAAACCUUUAUGCAAUAUACAUAUUAAUGUUGCAUUUUCCAGUAC